UGGAGUAAAUAUACGAAACGUACUAUUUAACACAAUUUUGUUAAUGCCUAGUUGAAUAUUUACAUUUUUUUUUACUUUCAUAAUAUUCAAUUCUUGUUGUUGUGAAAGUUUAAAGCCUAAAGCCGCUUUCAAAAUAUUAAUUUGUCACGUGUAUAUGGUCUGUUAGAGGUUCUGGACUAAAAUGGCCGGAGCAGAUUAUUCAGCAGGAUCGUCUAAGGAUUCUCCGAGUGCCCGUCUCGCCAACAAAGUAAUUCGAGGUGUUCGCAGGCCUUCAAGAAGGCUUGUUAUAGAUGAAGUCGACUCCAAUCCACGCUUUAGGAGACAAAAUCCCUUUGGUCCCUUUGGGAUUUUGUCUCCUAUAGGAGUCUCCCAUGAGGACGAUUCUGACUCUCGAGACACAUUUACAAAAGAGUUAAAGGAUAUGUUCAGUACUCUACCACCAGAUGAGCUCACCGAAAAAUUACCACGCCUUAUGAGACAUUGGAUUAAUAAUUGUGAAACCGUUCCGACUUUUCGGUUCCGACUUCAACAGACCCCUGAUAUUGCCCAGAAAGCUAUUGAAAAUUCAGAAAGAGUUGCAGCCCUUAAAGAUAUAAUAGGAGAAUAUUUAAUUCCUUUUGUUGUCAGAAGUUUUAAUCAGGAAACGUGUGCCAGAUUAGCCCUAAUAAAGCUUAUUAAUGGAGGAUAUGUGUCCAAACUUGAAGCAGAAAUUAAAAUAUGUCCUACAAUUUUAGCUUUAAUUUCGACUGCUACACCUUGCUAUGAUAUUAAAGUAGUGAGUCAAUUAGCACCAAUAUUGGGAACAGAUAUAACAGAACGAAUAUUACUUAAUAGAUUUUUGGAACUAUGUACAAGUAAAUGUCACCUAACAAGACAAUCAGCUGCAGAAAAUAUUGGUUAUUUUUGUGCCGCUGUCAGUACACCAGUUUUUGAAAAGAGUUUGUUACCUUGUUACUUAGCACUAUGCCAGGAUGAGAGACCGAUAGUUAGAAUGCGUUGUGCAGAAAGUGUAAUUUACGUAUCUUGCGUCUGCCCGCCAGAAUUACGAAGAACUUUAUUAACCAAAACUUUUAUUAACCUAUUAAAUGACGUAGCGGUUGUUGCGUUGACCGCCUUUGAUUCUUUAGGAGGAUUUAUUGUGACAUUUGCUAACCCUUCAUUAAUAAGUAUCCAUUAUGAAGAUACAACUGGAGAUCUAGUGCUAGUAAACCAAAGUAAAACUCAGUUUAUAUCUCGCUUCAGUCGCUUGACGUUAUCUAUUAAUAUUUGUUCUAUGUCUGACGAUGAUGAAUUUGGUGAUACUAUUCCGUAUCUAAGGAAAAAAAAUGAUAUUGACAGAACUAAUGAUUCUACUGAAACAGAUGUCAACAAACUUGAUUCAUUGUCAGAUGGACACGGCAUGUUUAAUAAUUCGUUUAAAGUAGAGCAACAGAAGCAUGAAGACGAUUUGCUUUAUUAUAAUGACUGCAAUUAUUGGUAUAUAAGCCCUCCAGACAUUGAGAUAUCAGUUCAUAAUAACCUUGAAGUAUCUAAGAAAGAUGCUCAAUCAACAAAAGUUAUGACAGUUGGAUUGGAAGAACUAUAUUCAACUAUGAGCUUAAGUGACAAUUUUGAGAAUGAUGCUAAUAAAUCAGUGCUAAGUAGUUUUGAGAGUGAUAAUGUAGAACAGAAAGGUAUAAAUAUAGAUAUUAGAAACAUGACAGAACAUAAUGCUCCUCAGAAUGUUGUCCCGCGCGAAUUAGUUGAAAGUUUUAUUUCAUUGUCUUGUGAAGAUUCCAGUGACAAUGAAAAUCUAAACAGUGUACGUCUUUAUGUAUUGCCUGCUAUACUUUUAACAUUGGGUAAGGAAAGCUGGCUUUUAUUUAAAGAGACUGUACAUACUCUGGCAGAACAUGGGUGUGAUGAACACAGAUUGAUCAUUGCAAGUAGUUUACACGAAUUGGCAGCAAUUUUAGGACCAAAAAUGGCCGACGAUUUAGUUUUUCCAUUUGAGAUAUUGUUCUCCCACAUCUACACACCAAGUUUGAUGAAUAUGCUAAGAUGUCAAGAUGUGCUAGUAGAUAAUCUAGCUCGGUUUUUUGAGUUUAUUAGUCCCAAGGAAAGGCUUUACUUACUGCCCAAAGUAUUUGAAGUUAUUAAUAGAAAUAUGAAAGUUGGUAAAACAGCGUUCUUAUGGAAAAUCAAGGAACAAUUUUUAAGACAGUUAUCAUUAAUGGUUAAAUUUUUUACGCCCACUAAAAUUGUACGCCAUAUUGGACCAUAUGUACAAUUUUUUAUGAGUGACCCUAUGGCUUUUUUACGUACUGCAGCUGUAAAAUCAGUUUCCAGUGUCGUAAAAAACAUCGUAGUUGAUCGUCGAUUAACCUCUACAUUUUUAAUUUCUAUAGCUGAACGUUAUGCUCAUUCAAAGACGUGGAGGUUUCGACAUACAUUUGCAUUAUUGUGUUCUGUAUUAUUAAAGGAACAAGCUAUGGGUUCCGAAGAUUUUGCUUCAAUCUUGUGGCCUCAUUUAUUAGAUUUAAGUUGGGAUCCGAUUCCUAAUGUGAGAAUAUUGGUAGCCAAAUGUAUUGUGGAAAAUUUGGUCAUUGACGAAUAUUUUAUUCAGGAACAUCUAGAGUCACUUAAAAGUGUUUUAAGAAGACUGCAGGCAGAUAACGAUGGAGAUGUAAGAUUUUCGGCAAGUUGUUCAUCAGUCUAGGCGUCUCUAUAGAUUAUACGGAACAGUUAUGGACGAGUAAUAAAAUUUCUCAGCUGUUAUUUUUAUAAGUUUACCAUAGGCAACUAAUAAUACACACUGUCAUGACAAGGCUUUGACAAGGACUACAAUGACGUCACAACUGUCAGCUGAAGCGCGGGAAGAGGCGAACGUACGUCUUAUGAGGAUGAGCAAUCCUAUUAGUUUACCGUUCUUGGGUGUAUACUACCUUUUUGUAUACUACCCUUUGAGUAUUUACCCACCGCCCAUCGCUGUCCAUAACUAACCGUUUUUUUUUAUUUAGUUAUAAUUAGAAAUGUUCCAACAUUUGUUCGAUGCCGUGUAUUAGAGAAGUUUAUUAUCGGAUCAUUUAGAUUUAUUUUUAUAAAGGAAUAAGUACUAUAGUCUAUAAAAUGAAUAACUUUGAAUUUUGACCGUUAUUUUUUACCAACAUGGUAAAUAUAAAAUCCGUUUGUCGAAAAAGUUACUGAUAUUCUUUAAAUUCAGUGCCUAAACUAAUCAGAUCGGUAACUCUUUUUACUUUCGUGAAAUAGAAAAGGAAAAUAAUAAAACAAGUGACAGUUCUUCCUCUUCUUGCAAAAAUCAACACGCAAUGUCAUAAUUGUUAAAAGUAAA